AUGCUGCGACUUGGACAGCUCGCCGUGACUCUCUUGGCGCUCGUUUCGAGCGCGACGGCGUGGCGCCGCCUCGAGCGCGCCCACGGAGCGGACACAAUGGAUCUGCGCAUUCAACUGCAGGCCGAAGCGGACCUCGCUGCGCAGCUCGCGGCCGUCUCGGAUGUUACGUCGGCUACGUACGGCCUGUACCUCUCGAACCUGGACACGGUGGUGCGGCCAAGCGACGAUGCUGUCGCCACGAUGCAAGCCUUACUCGGCAAGUACAACCCCGACGUGAGCCGCGCGGGCGACCUCUGGCGCGUGACGCUGCCGGUCGCGGACGUCGAAAUGCUCUUCGACACCAAAGUGCACGCCUACAGCCUCGAAACGCAUCGUAUCUUGCGCGCUUCCAACGGCGUUGUGAUUCCCGACAGCAUUGCGGCGCAUGUUGUUCUGAUUGACGGCCUCGACCGCCUGCCUCGAACCAAAGCGCGUGCGUCGCGCCGGCGGCUGCAAUACGGCGGUAACAAUCCGCUCGCGAGCGUUGUUACGAUCGAGACGCUCCAGGAACAGUACCGCUUGCCCAAGGAUCUCGACAGCAGCUACGACGGCAAUGGCAUCGUCAUUGGCACCUUCCUGGAAGAGACCUACAUGGAGACAGACAUCGAGUCGUACUUGGGCGUGAACGGCCAAGCGCCGCUUUCUGUGAUGCCCGCACAGCGCAAUUGCAUCGGGAAUGGCACCGGCAAGACCGCAACAAGCGAAGCCUCGUUGGACGCGCAGCUCAUCGCGGGGCUUACACGGAACAACGCCACGACUGUUCUCUGUUACAACGAGCUGCGCCUUCCUGACGAGCCCGCGUCAGACGCCAACCAAGAGCCUUUUCUUCGCUUUAUGCGCGACGUCAACGCCCUCGAGCCAGCACCGAGUGUCGUCUCCAUCAGCUAUGCCGACGACGAGUGUGCUCUGCCGCUCUCCUAUCGCAAUGCCCUCGAUCUCGAAUUCAUCAAGGCCGGACUCCGGGGCACAACCAUCGUUGUCGCGAGUGGCGACAAUGGCGUCGUUGGCAGUCGAUACCUCGAGGAUUUCGGCCCCAAGCUCUGCGCCAAGUACCAGCCUAGUUAUCCGUCGUCGUCGCCGUACAUUGUGUCAGUGGGCGCAACCGUCAACGUCGGCGGCAAGGAGACUGGCCUCUCGAUCCGCAACGGAGGCGCCAUCACGACCGGCGGUGGCUUUAGCGCCGACAGCCCGCGGCCCUCGUAUCAG